GCUCAAGUCUUAGAGUGUUGUAUAAAAUUUGAACAAGAAAAGAGUUUUUAUUGUAAUCGAUAUUGCUUGGUUUAUUUACCAGUUUGUAUCGCCAUUGACGCAAUCUAAAUUGAUAUAAAUAAAAAUAAAUUUGUGGUGGUUAAAAUCGAAAGUAUUUUUAAACUUGGACCUGUUAAUCAGACAAUAAAAGUUGCCUAUAAAUAUUUAUGAAUAUAGAAUGAUAAACUACGCAUUAGAUUAUUUAUGGCUGUAUGUUUAGUCAGGAGCUUUUAGUGAUCAAACAGUCUUUACAAUGAACACUACUUCGGUUGUCCCCAUUUUCGUUAAUCCUGAUCUGCAGAAGAAACGAGAUGGAGCGAGCUUUAGUACUGAGGAAUUUGCCGCCUGGUGGGCGGGUGGAAAGGAGAUCCUAAAAUUUAACCGGGAUGUCCGUUCGUAUUUAGAAAAGGAUGUGGACUUAAAUAAGGUAAUGCAAUUGGAAGCCAAAUCCCACGAGGAGAUUAACGAGUUUACAAUGCGAGCUGCCAUCAAAGCCGCCCAGAAGUUGCGGCGGCUGCAGCAGGAACGCAAUCCCGGCGGAAAUGAGUACUGGCCAAAUCUUUAUGAACAGUCAGUAAUGUGGUUUAAUGUGCCAGGAGGAAAUCCCUUCAGCGUAAUGUACGUGAUGCUAGUCAAGGCUCUGCAGGCCCAGUGCGAUCCGGAGCAGUACGAGGAGUUUGGAAAGCGGGUGGAACGCUUCGAGAUCUCCGCCACCUAUGCCCAAACGGAGCUGGGACACGGAUCUAAUUUGCGAGGACUCGAAACACGGGCUGAUUACGAUCCGAAUACAGAUGAGUUUGUGCUGAAUACGCCCAAGAUUUCAUCCUACAAGUGGUGGGCUGCAGGCUUGGGCCAAUGCUGCAACUACUGCUUGGUGAUGGCACAGCUGUAUAUAAAUAGUCAGUGCAAGGGACCACACAUGUUCUUUGUCCAGGUUCGCGAUGAGGAUACUUUUGAGCCGCUUCCAGGAGUCCACAUCGGUGACAUUGGCAAGAAAAUGGGCUUUAUUGGGACAAACCAUGGUUUCCUGGGCUUGCAGAAUGUGAGAAUUCCGCGCAAGCGCAUGCUGAUGCGCUAUGCCAAGGUAAAUGCUGAUGGAUCCUAUGUCAGAAGUCCGAAUAAUGUACUCAACUACUUCGCCAUGGUUCGCACCCGGUGUUUGAUUGUCCGAAAUAAUGCCGCAUUUCUGUCGGCAGCAGCCACCAUUGCCACUAGGUACUCCGCCGUGCGUCGCCAAAGUCCCAUAAAUCCCAAAGACCGCGAGCCACAGAUCAUGGACCAUGUCACCCAGCAGAUGAAGCUUUUUCCGGAGAUCGCCACCAGCUUAGCUUAUGGGAUAAGCAGCUAUUACGUAUGGAAUCUCUACGAGCAGACCAUUAAGGAUAUAGAAAAUGGGAAAUACGAACGUCUGCCUGAGCUGCAUUCCUUGUCCUGUGCUUUGAAGGUAACCAGUGCCAUUGAUUCAACCGCUGGAGUGGAAACUUUGCGCCUGGGAUGUGGCGGACAUGGUUACCUCUCAUCGUCAAAUAUGAGCAACCUAUACGCGCUGGCCACCGCAUCCUGCAUUUACGAGGGUGAGAACACUGUGCUCCUUCUGCAGAUCGGUCGCUUCUUGAUGAAGUCCUGGCGCUCGGCGUUGAGUGGAGCUCCUCUGGCGCCCACCGUUCAAUAUCUGGCCGAAGUGCAAAAGAAUCCAGAGUUUGGCGCCUGGACGGGAAGCUGGGAGAACAUGGUGAAGGCCAUGAAGUACACAGCAGCCAACAAGACCCGCUUGGCUUUUAAGAGCCUUUCGGCCCGUCUGUCAAGGGGAGAGACUGAGGAGAAUGCUGCCAAUCACACGGGCAUUGAAUUCACGCAGGCAGCCGAGCUCCAUGGUCGCGCAUUCGUUUUCUCCUCUUUCACCGAUGAGGUGACUGGUCCCAAGUCCAAGACCCGAUCUGCAUCUCUUAAUCGGGUUCUGGAGAACCUUUUGGAACUGUACCUGGUCAAGGAGACACUUAAUCAAAUGAGCAACUUGCUGAGGUUCAUUCAGUUGACGGAUACGGAUCUACGCGGCCUACAGGAUCGUUUGGAAACAGUGUUGACCAAGCUGCGACCCGAUGCUGUGGCCAUUGUGGAUGGUUUCGACUUUAGUGACCUGCAGUUGAACUCUACCCUGGGAUCGUUCGACGGCAAUGCGUACGAGCGAAUGUUUGAUGCUGCGCUCAAGACCCCAAUGAACCUAAAAUCGGUGCCAGCAUCCUUUAAUGAGCUUCUCAAGCCCUUCAUGAAGUCAAACAUAUAAAGGAAUGUGCAAUGUGCGUGCAAUAGUUUUAUACCUUUUCUGUAUUUGUGUUUUAAACCUGUUUUAUUUUA